AUAAUAUUAAAUACAGAAUAUAUAGAGUGAAUAUCGCAUAUACAUUAUAAUAAUAAUCUCUGCUGUCUAAUCGGUGGUCUCAAAUCAGGGUUCACCGGAGAGACGGAAAAAGAUAACUUUAUGGAAUCUCAAACUUUGUCCUCCCAUGAAACCGAAACUGUUGCGAAUCAACGCUACUCUGCACAUGAUGUCGCCGAUGCUUUCGUGACACAAUAUUAUAAAAUUCUGCAAGGAAAUCCUAAAGAGGCUCAUAACUUUUACAAGGAUCAAAGCGUACGAGCCCAUCCAUGUCUCGAUGGUUCAAUGAAAUCAGUAACAACACAGCAGGGUAUUGAUGAUGAGAUCAUGGCUUCCAAUGUGAAGGAAUGGAAUCCCGAUCUGAGCACGUUGCAUGCUCAGGAUUCAUUAAUGGAUUCGGUGAUCGUUGGAGUAACGGGCUAUUUGAUCGACAAAGAUCACGUGUCAAGAAACUUUGCUCAAACUUUUUUCUUGGCCCCACAAGAAGGCGGCGGCUUUUAUGUGCACAAUGAUUUUCUUCAGUUUAUAGAAAUCAAGAACAUUUCGGAAAGCUCACCUUCCCUUGAUGAUGUGGCAAAUCCUCUGGCUGCGCAACAAGCUGAUGAUACAGCAAAAGACUCCUCAAUGGAGACCGCGCAUGCUGCCAACAAGGAUCAAACUGAAAAGUCUACAUCUACAAAGGAGGACAGUGAUACUAAAGUUAAGGUUUCCGAGUCAUCAGAAGGAAAGAAACCACUUCCAGCUGAACCAAAGAAGAAAAGUCAACCUUCUGUUUGGGAGCAACCUCCAAACAUCCAAGAAGAUUCGAAAAAAGUGUCUUACGCAUCAAUUCUGGCAAAAGAAGGCGCUGGACCAUCCACUACACAAACGUCUCCAAGUGCCGCGGUCAAAACUAUGCCAAAAACCGAGAAGCGUGCAAGCACGUCUUCCGUCGUACCAAAACCGUCUAUUAUUCCUAACAACGGCCCUUCAGAUGGUAUCUAUGAUGUCAAAUCUAUUCGGGUCAAAGAUCUGCCGCCAAAAUUGACGCAGGAGUCACUACUAGAGGCGGUAAGGCAGUUUGGACCCGUCAAGGAGAAAAAUAUCCAGAUUAAAGAAUACUCACAGGACGGAUAUCGUUAUGCUUUCGUUGAAUUUGAUAACCCCAAAUCUGCUCAAACUGCAGUAGAGGCUCGCUACAUCCGGUUUGAGGACAGAGUAUCGGAAAUCCAGUACAAGAUAAUUCCCAAUCAAGGAGGACAUAACAACAUGGGGAGGCCAUCGUAUGGUCGUGGAGGAUUCAAGCCCGAAAGUUCCUGGCGCCGUGAUGGUGAAGGGCGUGGCAGCGGUAGCUGGGGAAAUAAGCACAUUGACCAUGAGAACGUUGGUCAACAUUCCGGUCAAGCUCGAGAGUAUAACCAGAGGCGCAACCGUUAUUUUCAGGAUCGCCAGUGAUCAACGCUUUUAAUGGAUCCAACAAAAUGGAUUAAAGACCGGUAAAACUUUAAAAAAAUACUUGGGAAAGUUUUCUGCUGUUUUCGACUUUUUAGUUUGGUUUCGAACCAAAGAAUCUUUUAUGGUUAUACAUAGACCCCCCCCCCCCCCCCCCUCUUUUUUUUUUUUUUUUUUUUUCUGAAUAGUUUACAAUGAUACUGGAGAAACUUUGGAGCCUUCGGUUUGUUUAAGGAUUUUAUGGUGUUAGUUUACUU